UCACAUAUGCCAGAGUUGGAGAGCAACUACUAUUGGUACGAGGAAGCUUUGGAGUAGUGUCAUUGUUGACUGGCAUAUGAGUGCCAGCCUUUUGACCUUGUUUAUGAACCGAUCAGAUGGAAGCAAUCUCAGCAUCAAGAUCGAGAAUCCUGUGGCUUCCAAUUUACAAAAGUCGAUAUCCACUAUCACCCGGCAUUCCUCUCAAGUCACUUCACUAGAGUUAGAGAUAGGAUUUUACGAGGAUCAAGGUGAGAUUAAAAAAUCACUGACAAAUGUGACUUUUCAAUCUCUCGAAACGCUGGUGGUUCACUUGGAAGAUUGGAUCUAUACCGACUACCCUGACGAAAAUACGGCAGACGUUAGGAGAGUUUCACUGCUCGAAAGACUAUUCGAUGUACUCGAAAGCUCUCAGAAGAAACGCUUGCAUCUACAUAUAUAUGGUGGACCUAAAACAGUGAGCACCGCUUUUGCUGGACACGCCAUAUGCGAGCGCCUCACAGCCUUAAAUCUUCAUAUCAAUAUGAGAACUGAAGGCGGAGGUGUCCGAAGGUCAGAAGCGGCUCAGUGGAGUCUGAUCUAUGCCAAGCAUUCUUCCUUUCCUGCAUUGAAACAGCUUCAUUACAAAGGGUUUCUACCUUUUCUUGGUUCCAUCAAGGUCCCGUUACUAGUAGACGCAACAUAUCAGUGGAAUCCUCCGUGGC